AGGCAUUCUGUGUUCAGGCUUUAUUGUUGAAAGUCAUUAAAAAAAAGCUCAAUUGUGAAAGCCUGAAAACAGAAGAAUUACCUUGUCCGCAUUCUUGAGCUUCACCACAUAUUCUGGAUGAACCUUACAAGGACAUCAUUUCUAAGAGGAGCCUGUUUAUAUAUUAAAGUACAUGUGUAGAUCUUUACGCUACUGUGUCAGUCACUGUCUCUACGCAGCAAUGACUCGACUGGAAGAGGCAAAUAAAGAUGUCAGCAUGCAUUCCUCAGUGCGCUAUCUUGGCUACCUGGCCAGUUUGAACCUAAUGGUGGCCUUGUGCAUGGGCCUUUAUGUAAGAUGGGAGAAGACAGCAGAUACCAUAAUAUUAGUCAUCUUUAUCUUGGGACUGUUUGUUUUAGGCAUCGCCAGCAUAUUGUAUUACUACUUCUCCAUGGAGGCAGCAAGUUUGAGUCUCUCCCAUCUCUGGUUUGGAUUUCUUCUUGGGCUGCUGUGUUUCUUAAAUAAUCCCUCCUUCAAAAGUAAUGUAAAGGAGGAAGCCACCAAGUACCUUCUGCUGACCAGUAUCAUCAUCAGGACGUUGUGGGCUCUGGUAGAGAGGGUUUGUGGUUGUGUUCGCUAUCGGCCAGCCCUUCUGACCUCUGCAGAGUUUUUGGAACUUGUUGGCUUUGCAAUUGCCAGCACUGCCAUGCUGCUGGAGAAGUCCAUGAGUAUCAUCCUUCUGGUGGCCUCUUUGGCCAUGCUGAUUAUUGACCUGCGGAUGAAGUCUUUCCUAGCAAUUCCAAACUUAGUUACUUUUGCUCUGCUUUCCUCCAUGUUGUUUUUCCCCAGCUUAAAUAUUCCCACCAACCCUUUUGCCCUUGCAUGCUUUUUUAGCCGUCUGAUCUGUGACCCGCUACUUGACGUCUAUUUUAGUGGGCUUUCUGUCACUGAGAGGUGGCUACCAUUUCUGAACCGCGGCCGCCUGUGCAGGAAGCUCUCCGUUCUUCCACUGGGACUUGUUGAGAUCACCUUCUUCAUCCUGGCUGCCUUUAAACUAGGGGAUUUACAUCUGUGGUAUUUUGUGAUCCCCGGGUUCUCCAUUUUUGGGAUCUUUUGGUUUGUCUGCCAUGUUAUUUUCAUCAUAACAGUCUGGGGUUUCCACAGCAAAUUAAACGACUGUCAUAAUGUCUAUUACACACAACGUACUGACAGCAGAAACCUGGACAGGGUGAUGGCCUCCAAAGGAAUGCGACACUUCUGUUUGAUCUCAGAACGGCUGGUGUUUUUCAGUCUCUUAUCAACAGCAAUUCUGGGUAUAGUAUCGUGGCAGCCUACCAAUGGAAUCUUUAUGAGUGUGUUUUUGGUGGUCCUGCCUUUGGAGUCGCUUACUCACGGUCUAUUCCAUGAACUGGGAAACUGUUUGGGAGGAACCUGUGUGGGAUACGCAGUUGUAAUCCCCACCAACUACUGCAGCCCUGAUGGCCAACCAACACUUCUUCCUCCUGAGCAUGUGCAGGAGUUGAAUCUCAGGUCGACUGGCAUGCUGAACAGUAUUCAGAGGUUUUUUGCCUACCACAUGAUUGAGACCUAUGGCUGUGACUACUCUACCAGUGGCUUGUCUUCCGAUACCCUCCAGUCCAAGCUCAAGUCUUUUCUUGAACUGCGGACUCCAGAUGGCCCCAGACAUGACACCUAUGUUAUAUAUUACAGUGGUCAUUCUCACAGUUCUGGCGAGUGGGCUCUUGCAGGUGGAGAAACGUUGCAACUUGAAAGCAUCCUUGACUUGUGGACGGAGAAGAAUGGCACUUUCUGCUCACGGCUGAUCAUUGUAUUGGACACUGAAAAUGCCCUUCCUUGGGUUAAAGACGUAAAGAAGGUUUGUGACCUCUUUGUUGCAGUCCAGGGUGCAGGAAUGGCCAAAGUUGUAAAUGUUGAGGAAGCAGAUCCACCACAGCUGGGUGACUUUACUGCGGAAUGGGUGGAGUAUAACUGUAACCCAGACAACAACAUCAGAUGGGCUGAAAAAGGCCGGACUAUAACCCCAGUGUAUGGUGUAUCUAAACGCUGGAGUGACUAUACACUCCACUUGCCAACAGGAAGUGAUGUUGCAAAGCACUGGAUGACAAACUUCCCCCGUGUUACCUAUCCCCUUGUUCACUUGGCUAACUGGUGUGGUGGAUUGCACCUCUUCUGGGCAUGUAGUUUCUGUCUCCGAUGUUUCAGGAGGCUAAAACUGAGGUGGUUCCCUCCAACUGUGCUAGACACAGGAGCAGGAUUUAAAUUGGUUAAAUCUUAAAAAGCUCUACAUAGUUUGUUUUUUUUUGGUACAGAUUUGGUUUUAUUUUGUAUUAUUAUUAUUUUUUUUCAAUCUAGAGGAUUUUUCCAACUGGGUGAAGUUUUGCUUUUAUUUUGUGUAAAUGGAAAUGGAAAACAGUGUGGAAACUAAAGAUGAACUGUUGUAAGAUUACUCAGUACCUUAAGUAACCUAUGCUUUUUAAACAUUGUUCAAGAUGUCCUUUCUAGCAGCCGACCUUUCAGACCUUUAUAUUAGUGGUGCUUGAUUUGAAAAGAAAGUGUUCACACUGCAUGUCAGCAUGGAUUCACAUAGAGACUGGGAAGGUGGAAUUGGCACCAAAAAAAAUACCCAACAUAAAUGUUCUAUUAGGAAUUUUUGUGUGGUGUUGUUCAAAAAAACUGUUAGGACUGAUUUGAUCUCUAAUGCUGUAAUGCUGUAUACUAUACUACACAAGAAACAACAUAAGAAAAUGUAUUUUGCAUGCAUUGAGCCUCAGCCAGUUUAUGCAAAAUACUUCCCUACAAAGACCAUUGAUCUCAACUACUAAAAACAUGCUCAUAAAUGAUUCACACAAAUGCAAUACUAAUCCAGUUUCAAAGAUUACGCUUUUAUGGAAGUAAUGCUUAUUUUUAGAAAAUGUUUAAAGGUUACCAAUUUAAAAAAUAAUAAUUAUUGUUUCACUGAAAGGACAUCUUAAAUGCAGCUAAUUUACAUUACAACAUGACAGCUUUAAAAGAGGACUGCCACAUGGUACAGGGUUGGUGGAGAGGACAAUACCCCUCAAAACUGUGGCAUUCGCUCACUUAUACUUAAAUCAAAAAGUGUUUAUAUGUAUUUUUGCUAUGACUUCCAGACAAUUUGCCUGCACUGUCAUGGGAAGGAGCUUUUUCUAAGGAUGUGUGUUAGUUAAGAGUUGAUUUUCUUAAUCUAAUAGUUAAUGGUUCUGUGAGUUUAUUUAUUGAUACUGUUUAUGAACAGGAAAAUGUAUCAUUGUUACCCAAGAAAGAUAUUUUCCUAUAUAAAGCUAUUUCCUACA